UAAUGCAAAUGUUUGUUUAGAAAAGUACAUUUUCAGAUUCUAAUAUUGCUAAUUUCUUAUUCCUUCUUUCCUUAAAUACCUUGAUGUGAACAAAAGCAGAUUGUUUUAAUCUGCAUAUCAGACUUUGGUAAAACUAGUGAACACGUAUACCAGCUUUCUGAAGUGAAGAUGUCCUGAUAUGGUGAGCGAGAAAUGUAACCAAAAGCAUUCAAGCGUGCAUAUCCGUGAAGUGGUGAAUUAAUCAGUCUGUACUUAUUCCGGUACAGUGAGAUGUUCUUGCUGGGGGGAACCUGUAGAGGCGAGACUCUGUGGUGUCAUGUGUUUCAUCAUGACCAACUUCCACAGUGUGUUGAGCUUCACACUGAGGGCAGUUUGACAGGACAGUCACCAGCGUGAGAUUUCUCUCACAUGUCAAAACUCCCCACGUGUCGGACUUUGCCCCACGACUUUAUUGAAUUCACUUGAUGACAUUUUGAACGUGGACACAGUGUGGAGAAAACAGGGCGUCUGAGGAGGUUGAUGGGACCGCUACGGAGAAAACAACGAGGCCUCUCAAAACUUCUCGAGAACAGCGUCACCACCAAACAGGCAUAAUGCCUCAUUGUGGAGCCUGAAUGUGGCUGAUUGUGUUUGCUGGAGGUUCUGGAAGGAAGAGGGAGGGGCGGCAGGACGCAUGUGAUUUUUGAAGUCAACAUGAUUAGGAUAAAAUACUUUUUUGUGUGUAUGUGUGUUUAUGGCAAGAUGCGAGCAAUGAGACUUCAGUACGUGAUUUACAGUGAGGGAAGGGACGACAGGAAAUAUGGCAUCUGGUGGCGAAAUCCUGUAUGUGGAGGUGACAGCAUGUCACACAAACACUUAAACUCUUGAGCACCCGCCAAAUGUGCUAACACGUUAACUCAGUGUGAUGCAUCAUGUGAUGCGGUGUUGUUGUUGGCUUGUGUGUGUGUGUGUGUGUGUGUGUGUGUGUGUGUGUGUGUGUGUGUGUGUGUGUGUGUGUGUGUGUGCGUGUGUGCGUGUGUGCGUGUGUGCGUGUGUGUGUUCUGUUCCCAGUUUUUGCUUGUCUUUUGCUCGGGUGUUUUCCUACUGCCUACAGGAAGCAGCUUUCAGGACGGCUCGAUGGGUUUCCUGGCAGGACCCUCCUCCCCUCUCAGUUCCUAUUGGGAGACAAUGGGAGGUCUCCUGCAGGGGCAUGGAGAGAGGGCUGUGUGGAGCAGAGAGGAGGAAACCAGCCCGACGUCCCGCUGCAUGAAUUGCUCCCUGUGCUGCAGAGAGUAAACUACUCCACUUGCUGUGAAGAGUUCCUCCUAGCUGGUAGCUAUUCCUGCAGCACAGGAAGCACUUUAUAUUUCCUGAAGAAGCACCCUGGUGCCAGGUGUUCAUUUGUAGCCGUGUGAGUACGGAAACAUUUGAAAAAUGACUCAGUCCGUGCAAGUUAACCCGAAGCUGCCAGACCUCGGCUCUCCAUUUCUUUACUCCAGCCAGGAGGAGGCCGAACAACCAGGCUCCUAUUCAGUCCAGACCCCAUACGGCUUCCAGCUAGAUCUGGAUUUUCUCAAAUAUGUGGAAGAGAUAGAGAGUGGACACAACCUCCGCCGGGCUCCUGUUAGCUCGCGGCGUUCUGCGCGGGGGCUUAAACUCUCCCAGAGGAGCGCUGGUGGACGUACCAGUGGUUGGACUUCCACUGAGUCACUUGCAUCACCAGCUAGUGAAGAUGGCAGAGCUCCUCCGCCGCCUCCGCCACGAAACCGCCUUGGGUCAGCACCCUGUGAGGUACUUUCUCUUUCCCCUGUGACACUUGUCAACGUCCCUCCGCUUUCUGCAGGGGCAAAAGUUCCACCCCCUCCACCAUUACGCAAUCCAAGAGUUGAGCGGACCCUUCUGGAAACGAGCCGCCGGCUUCAGCAGGAGCAAACCCAUCAGCAUCAGAAUGGAGGACGCUUUCAGCUUGCAGACCCUCCCAAACAGCACUUACUCUCUCCAUCCACACAGGCUUUACCCAGUAGUUGGAGUAAACCCAGUCCCCAGACCUCUGGGCGCAGUACUCCAGCUGCCGGCACCGCAGUAACCCCAAUCCCACCCAGCCAGCUGCAGACAGUUAGAGAGCAGAUGGCCACGGCCUUGAAGCAGCUCAAAGAGAUGGAGGAGAGAGUAAAGGGUGUUCCUGCACUCGAGAAAGAGGUGGCAAAGCUUCGAGCAGAGAAAGACAUGCUUCUGUUGGCCCUGCAGGAAAAGAAAGUAGCCCUGGAGUUCGCACAGCAGAAGCAACAAUCCACAGAGUCGUCUACUCAAACCACAGAGACCCAAACGGACCCGAGUCGACUGCCUUCGCCAUCCUCUUCUAGCUACAAGGGCCUUGGAGAAUCCGUUGAGCUGAAAAGGGUGACAAAGAAAUCCGACGGAAAGGAAGAGAAAGCUCCAGAUCAGUCCGCUGAAGUUACAGCAAACGCUCCGGAUAAAGUCAGUGUUCCGAGGAAGUCGGUGGCUGUUGGCGACAAUGUGCCCAUGAACUCUGUUGUUUUCUAUCACAGCCAAGGUGUUAAAGACGCCUCUGAGGGAACAGAGGUGACUGUUGGUGAAAAAUGCAUAGGAACAGAUGGCCCACUGGUUCAAGAGGAGGGAGUACAAGCGACGGUUGAGACAGAUGAAGCAGAGGUUUGGGUGAUGGAGUCUCUGCUUGGGUUGACUACUGAAGCCCAGAGGGAGAUAGACACCUUACAGGACACCAUCAAAUUCCAGCAGGAGUCUAUUGCAGCUCUUGAGGAUCGAUUGAGUACUGCUGACAAAGACCUGGGAGUCCUUAAAGUCCAGGUGAAGGAGAAAACGUCUAAAGUCACGUUCGAACAGGGGGUCCUUGCCAAACCAGAAAUGGCAAAUGCUCAAAUAGAUGCAACGACGUCCUCAUCGAAGCAUGCUGCAGUAAUGUGUUGUCCUGAGGUGAUUCAUGCAUGUGUAGGUGGCGACCUGUCAGCAGAUCAGGUUGAUCAAAGCACCCAAACUGAGGCUGAAGCAGCGCCGACUCGGGCUGCUCCUGUUACAAUGGUUUCCACUGGGUGCCAGUGUGAGAACGUGUGUGAUGAAAAAACUGAGGAGCAGAAAGUGAGUGGGCCAAAGAGGAGGCAGCUGACCAUCGCCGAGUACAAAGUUUCACCAGACGAAGAGGUGAUCGGCACGGUUGAGAAACAAGAUGCAGACCAAAGAGAUGCGACUGCGGUCAGCAGCUCCAGGACAGGUAUGCUGAAAUCAAUCAUGAAGCGGAAGGAUGCGAGUAACUCUGGUGAGAACCGCACCUCUGGCAAGAAGAGCCUGCAGUUUGUUGGUAUCCUAAAUGGAGGAUAUGAAUCUACAUCAAGUGAAGAAGAAGAGGAAGGAGACGAGGAGGAGGAGGAAGAAGAGGGGAGCUCAUCGGGAGAAAGUGGGGAUGGCGAGUGCUUGGACAGCACAGAGGAGGAUGAAGCCGCUUUAGACGAAGAAACAUCGGAGGAAGAACGAAACGUCAACCUGGAUGAAAGUGACACAGAUGAGGAAACGCUGAGAGACACAAAUUUCUCGUCUGAUGCUGUAAAAGAAAAGUUUGAGCUGAGCUCAAAAAUGCGAGAAGCUUGCCUUAUUUUGAAGAACCACCUGAACGACGACAUCCAAACGCUGAAAAGUAAAGAAGUGCUCUCCAGCACACACACUGUUCAGCUCGAAUGGUUUCGCAUCUCCAGCGCUAAGAUGGCUCAACCCUCUCGGGUCUCGGACUACCUGAUGGCGUUCUCCGAGGUCUCGGCGAUGCUGCUGGAGCAUGUGGUCAACAUGACCGAUGGCAAUGGCAACACCGCUCUUCACUACAGCGUCUCCCACUCCAACUUUGGUGUGGUUGGUCUGCUGCUCGACACAGGUGUGUGCUCCGUGGAUAAGCAGAACAAAGCGGGCUACACGGCCAUCAUGUUGGCUGCGCUCUCAACUGUAAAGGAGGAGGAGGACAUGGUGGUGGUCAAGAAGCUCUUCAGUCAGGGCAACGUCAAUGCCAAAGCCAGUCAGGCUGGACAGACAGCAUUGAUGCUAGCUGUGAGCCACGGGCGGCAGGAGAUGGUGCGGGCGCUGCUGGAGUGUGGGGCCGACGUCAAUGUGCAGGACGACGAAGGAUCCACGGCUCUGAUGUGUGCCAGCGAGCACGGCCGAGCGGAGAUCGUCAAACUGCUCCUGGAGCAGCCGGGGUGUGACAUAUCCAUUGUGGAUAACGAUGGCAGCAAUGCUCUGUCCAUUGCACUGGAGGCAGCCCACAAUGACACAGCUGUGCUGCUCUACGCCCAUAUGAACUACGCCAAGACCCAGACAGCUGCGGGAAGUCCGAAGGUCCCCAGGAGCCCCACGAGCCCGCAGAAGCCCCGGCCAGCAGACUAACUCUGAAUCGGUUUCUCUCUGGGACGGACGGCCCAGCAGUCGUACUGGGAUCUGGGCAAUACAAGCUCCACUGGAAUUUAUGUGAAAAUAUUAUAUAUUUAUAUAUUACCAUAUGUCCUGCAUUUAUAAGUGUCAUUAAUGAGAAUGUUAUUUUUCACCGAGAGUUGCGAGUGGUUGUGUCAAACAAGCUGUUAAAAGUGGAGGUCUCCAGGAUUUUAGAGAACACCUCUCUUUUAUUUCAGAACAAGAUUGGAAUGACAAGCUUUUUUUUUAUCAUCAUGAGCAAUAAUUAGAAAAUACACAUAUGUACAUUACAAUUCCAAAUCAAAGCACCAUAAAAAAUCCAGUAAGUUUUCUGAACUGGUAAAUCAACACCUUUGUUUCAGACAUCAAAUGAUACAGCAGAACUGAUGUGUGUGAAUUAUCCUUCUGUUUUCUACCCCCCUCAUUAACUGAUGUGUAAACCUUUUCAUCUUCAUAGAUCGUACCAACCGUCUGUACAUUGUAUGUUUUAAAAAAAAAAAAUAUAUAUAUAUAUAAAUAAAGCAUA